AUGCAGAGCGCGGCCCCCGCCGCCCCGCCGGCGCUGCACCUCCUCACCUCCUACUUCAUCGACGGCAUCCUGGGCCGCGGCCCCGCGGCGGGACGGCACGGCGAGGAGCGCCCGGCGCGGCCCGACCCCGCGGAGGAACCGGCGGCGUCCGAGCGAAGCGGGCGGCCGCGCGGCGAGGCGGCGGGGAGCGGCGAGGCGCCGGCGGCGCUGAAGAGGAAGCAGCGGCGGUACCGAACCACCUUCAGCACCUUCCAGCUGGAGGAGCUGGAGCGCGCCUUCCGCAAGUCGCACUACCCCGACGUGUUCACCAGGGAGGAGCUGGCUCUGCGCCUGGAGCUGACGGAGGCCCGCGUGCAGGUCUGGUUCCAAAAUAGAAGGGCAAAGUGGAGGAAACGUGAAAAAACUGAAGUUCUGGGGACUGUUCCAGGAAUCUCCUUAACACACCCACUUGGACUGGUUUUGGACGUUCCGCUCAGCCAUUCCCCCAUCCUCGAUCACACAUGGAGGUCGAUGCCUUUCUCAACACUGGCUGUGCCAUCUGUGUCUCCGGCCUUUACUUCUUCAACCUUAGGGCCAUUUGGCCUCAGUAGCCUUACCUGGACUUCUCUCUUCAGAAAUCCCAUUUUAAAUCCGCACUUUGGAAGGUUUCUCAGUGCUUUAAAUCCUCUCAUGACAACAGCUUCAGUGCUCAUGAAAGCCCCCGGCCCCCCAUCAGACCCCGCUCUCACUGUCUUCGCUGAUCCAGCAGCAGUUGAAAGGAAAACAUCAAGCAUCGCAGCGCUGAGGCUCAAAGCGAAGGAACACUCAGCACAAAUCCCUCAAUUAAACCUCGUCUCAAAUACCAACAAAGAACUCUGUUAGGAGCUCUCCCGCAGGCUACAGCCACAGAAGGAAAUGCUUUCUCCAACAAGCAGCGCCUGUUAGAGACGUUUAAAAAAGAAGGCAAACACACGCACCCAGCUGCACUCCCUCCACCUGUAAUGGACAAAAUGGAAUGGGCAACAAGGAAAUAACCUUGCUAAAAGUUGUUUUUCUUCAUCACAGUGUGAAAUCAUGCAGCAAGUUGACUUCUGUCAUCAUUUCUACCUACAAUUUCGGACAGUAAAGGAAAAAAAAAAAAUCACAGGAGCUGUCUCAUCUUUGUAACUCAGGCUGACAUGAAACUGAAGCUGUGAAAUCCCCGAAGUGACUGGAUGCUGGUUCAAGGAUUCAGAAUUCUUUGUAGGAAUAACUUCAGUCGUAGAAGUGAUUCUUAACUCGUUUCUCAGGAGGAACUCUUACAUACAGUACAUAAGAACUGGUACAUAGUAUGUUCUUGACUUUGAAACCAUGCUUCACGUUGAAGUGCAGAUGCCAGUGAAAUCUCGCAUGUUAGGCUUAGCAGGAAGGAGCUGUCGAGUAUUUUCAACAUAGGCUUUUGAUUCAGAACCAGGUUUGUAUAAAGCAUAUCUUGUUUUAAACUUUAAAAACGUUUAUGUCCAGUGGCAGUGGUUAAUAAUUAAAAAAAUCCUUUGUGUAUGAAAACUGUCCUGUGAAAAUAGGCUGUUAACGUGCAGUAAAUGCUGUGUAGUUCUCUAUGUGCAUUUCUACAUAUCAGUAAAUAGCUAAUACUGUAAAUAUUAGUUUACUAAAUACUCUAGCAUGACUAGUGGCAGUUAUUAACAGACCACUAAGUUAACAGGUUACUUGUGCAUUCCCAUGUCUCAUGCCUUGAGUAGAUUGAGAAUUCAAGUGAAAACUAAACGUGAAAUGUUAAAUUCUUCCUCGAACUGAUUCUAGCAUAGGUAUAAACAGAAGCCCUACUGACCAGACAUCUGCAACUCAGCAAAAUCCUGAACUCAUUUUCUGGCCUCAGACAAGUCAUUUCGGAGUUUUCUGCUGAACCUCCCCAUCUGUGAAAUGGGACUGAGAACAGCAAUCCUAUCUCUUGGUCUGGUUCGUGUAAAGCAAAGAUAAGCAUCCUCAUUUUGUAGCUUACUUGCCUACCUCACAGGGCUGUUGUGAGGACUGAUUAAACCAUCAUGA